CGGAAGUGACGUUAUCAACGCGCGCCGGGAGUUCAGUGGGGUCGGCAAGGGUCGCCGUGGCGGGCGCCUGUGCCACCUGUGGUUUAAUUUCGUUUCCGCGGGCUCGUCGUCAUCUCCGCAGUGAUUCCAGCACCAUCACUCAUUCUUGGUGUGUGAAGAUAAUCCAGAGAAUUGAGGAAGUUUCUAUGAAGAGUGUGCUGGGGAUGCUCUAGGAAAAGAUUGAGUGCUGAAGAAAGUGAGCAUCAUGGAUCAGAACAACAGCCUCCCACCUUAUGCUCAGGGCUUGGCCUCUCCCCAGGGUGCCAUGACCCCUGGAAUCCCCAUCUUCAGUCCAAUGAUGCCUUAUGGCACGGGACUGACCCCGCAGCCUGUUCAGAACACCAACAGCCUGUCUAUUUUGGAAGAGCAGCAGAGGCAGCAGCAGCAACAGCAGCAGCAGCAGCAACAGCAGCAGCAGCAGCAGCAGACAGUGGCAGCUGCAGCAGCAACCGUGCAGCAGUCAGCACCCCAGCAAGCAACUCAGGGGGCCUCAGGCCAGACCCCACAACUCUUCCAUUCACAGACUCUUACAACUGCACCCUUGCCGGGUACCACUCCCCUGUAUCCCUCCCCCAUGACCCCCAUGACCCCCAUCACUCCAGCUACACCAGCCUCGGAGAGCUCUGGGAUUGUGCCGCAGCUACAAAAUAUUGUAUCCACAGUGAACCUCGGUUGUAAACUUGACCUAAAGACCAUUGCACUUCGUGCCCGAAAUGCUGAAUAUAAUCCCAAGCGGUUUGCUGCUGUGAUCAUGAGAAUAAGAGAGCCACGAACCACGGCGCUGAUUUUCAGUUCUGGAAAAAUGGUGUGCACGGGAGCCAAGAGUGAAGAACAGUCCAGGUUAGCUGCAAGAAAAUAUGCCAGAGUUGUGCAGAAAUUGGGUUUUCCAGCCAAGUUCUUGGACUUCAAGAUUCAGAAUAUGGUGGGGAGCUGUGAUGUGAAGUUCCCUAUAAGAUUGGAGGGUCUCGUGCUUACCCAUCAGCAGUUCAGUAGUUAUGAGCCAGAGUUAUUUCCUGGAUUAAUCUACCGAAUGAUCAAACCCAGAAUUGUUCUCCUUAUUUUCGUUUCUGGAAAAGUUGUAUUAACAGGUGCUAAAGUCAGAGCAGAAAUUUAUGAAGCAUUUGAAAACAUCUACCCUAUUCUAAAGGGAUUCAGGAAGACGACGUAGUGGCUGUCAUGUCCUGUCCUCCAUCUCCCCUUUGUUUUUUAAACAAAUCAGUUUGGUACCUUUAAUGGUGGUGGUGUGAGAAGACAGAUGCUCAGGUGCAGGUUGCAUCACCAAGCAGCUCUUCUGCCCGCAUCCUACUGUGGGAUGCUAUGAAUGGUUACUUUCCUGCACUGAGAACACCCCGAAGCAUUACUGUGAGUUGCUCGUACUGUGCUGCUAUCUGGGCAGCACUGCCCAUUUAUUUAUAUGUAGAUUUUAAACAGUGCUGUUGACAGGUUGGUUUAAGGGAUAAAACUUUGAAGUGGUAAAGCCACCUAUACAAUUGGACUUAUUUUAAUUUUCCCCAUAAACCACAGUUUUUAUAUUUCUACCAGAAAAGUAAAAAUCUUUUUAAAAAAUGUUGUUUUCUAAUUUGUAACUCUUAGGGGUUAUUUUUGUGCCAGACACAUUCCGCCUUUCCAGUAUUGCAGGACAGAAUAGAUGUAUUAAUGAAAACAAAUGGCUGUACAUAUUUUUCUUUCUUCAGAGUACUCUGUACAAUAAAUGCAGUUUAUAAGUGUUAGAUUGUUGUUAUAAAUGAUACCUUGUAAGUCAUGUGAUCAUACUGUUAAAAAAACUGUAUUUUAGAUAUAAUGCUUGAAACCA